UAAAAAAAAACAUGGUGACUGUUUAGUGCGAACACAGAACAGAUUAUUUUUUCUUAUUUACACCUGAUUACAAUUAUACUAAAAUAUUGGCGCCAAUAAUAUAUAAAAUUACCACUUUGGCAUAAAGUGAAUAUUAAUUUCAAGAUUUUAUCGGUAUAAAAAAAGUAAUUUUUUAAUUUAUAAAAAUGAAAAGAGGUUAUACAGUUGAAAAAAAACAUACAGUGACGUAUGAAUGGAAAAUAAAAAACAUAAGUUUAUAUUUACAAUCUGAAAGUAAUGAUGAGGGUGAAAACACAAAAUUUAAAUCUUCUUCAUUUUCAACAAGCGCUGGUGUAAAAGACUUAUGGAAGUUACACAUUAAAUUUAAUCACACUGUACAAUCAGUAAAUAAAGACUUCGUGUCAAUGUACUUACAAUCUUUGAUAAAUGAUUGUAAAAUUCAAACAGAAUUUACAUUUUAUGUUUUAAAUAAUAAAAAAGAAAGGACUAAUGCUGAAACUUUGAAACUGGUAUUUGAAAGCAAUAAAACUUGUCAUGGAGUUCCGGAUUUUAUAGUAAAGGAAGAGCUAUUGUUACAUAAAAAGUUACUUACACCUCAUGAUGCCUUGACAGUUGGUGUUGAGUUGGUAAUAUUUGAUAAUACUCCAGAUGUUCCAAUAAAGAAAUCAAUGAAUCUAAUGACUCAGGAUUACAAGCAACUUCUUGACAAUAAAACCGGCAGUGACAUUGUCCUAGCAGUGGGUGACCAAAAGUUUGAGGCUCAUAAGUCGAUUUUGAUGGCCCGCAGUCCAGUUUUUUUAGCGAUGUUUACUAAUAACAUGAAAGAAAGUAGAGAAAGAGAAAUAACUAUACCAGAUAUUGAGCCUGAAAUAUUUAAAAAAAUUUUAUACUCAAUUUACACUGAUGAAGUGACGGAAUUGGAUGAAAAUGCUGAGGAUUUGCUUGAAGCUGCUGAUCGUUUUCAGUUACUGUCACUUAAAGAAAUGUGCGAAGAAUCUCUUUGCAAGUCUGUGACUGUUGAAAGAGCGAUUACGAUUCUAACAUUAGCAGAACGACACAGCGCAAAGCAGUUGGUAGAUUUUGUAGCUGAUUUUAUAGUAAAUAAUGGCGACAAAGUUGUCGAAACUCCUGAGUAUAACAUAAUGGAAGAGUCACAUCCAUUGUUAGCAUCGAUUUUGUUCAGAAGAUCUGUUUCGAUGAAAGGAAAGAAAUGUUAACUACGAUACAUGGUGAUUAAUCAUUGGGUUGUCAUUUUUUCCUACAAGAUUUGACUUAUAAACUAAAAAGAUGGACUGGGAAUCGCAUCUUCCAAUUUUUUCAUUGAAAAAAUUUUCAAUUGAAGCCAUUCUCAGACAGUACCCUGGACUUUUUGAAAAUUUGUAAUGACUCAGCUCCCAUAAGCGUAUCAAAAUUUAAUCAAUUAAUUAAAAAAUAAUUUAAGUAUUAAUUGAAAAGAAGACGUAGUUGCGAUUUCACUGAGACAUAGAAUUAAAAAAAAAAUACUGACAGUUAUUAUCAAUAAGAAGUUGAACGAAAUUCUUCGAAUUAAUUUUUCUCAUUCAAAAUUUUAUAGAUAUUUAGUUUCUUUAUAUUUAUUAAUGACAAACAAAUAUACUGUUACCGUUUAUUCUAGUGCAAUAUACUUCUCUAGAAGUGAUAUCAUAAAUCAUAUAUUUGUAUUAAUGGCAUUACAAUUGCAUACUUUAACUACUUUUUUGUAAUCAUUCAUAA